AUGGCACGUCAAGUAGUUGCAUUGGCUCUUCUCUUCGUUGCCCUUGUUGCAGGGCUAACACAUGCAGCCGAUUUGCCUGCUUCAUCACCUGAAGCAAGCGCACCAGCAGCAGACUCAAUUUCCAUUAGCCCUUCUACUUCACCAGAUGCAUCAAGCCCUGUUGCUUCCGAUGUUGAGCCAUCAUCACCACCUGCACCAGCUAGUGAAGCAAGUGCACCAAAUGCAGCUGCACCUAGUCAGUCAACUAUUUCUGCAGCACCUGAAGCUGGUGCACCAAAUGCUGCUGAUGGUCCAUCGGGGGUUUCUACUGCUGCCACUGAUGACUACUACUGA